AUGAAAGUAAGGGCUAAUAGGCAACUCUUGAAGAAGACAUUGCAGAGAUUAAAGUCAACCGAACCAACAUCUAUUGAGGGUAGUGUUACACCUCCUACUUCGAUAGAUUCUGAAAAUUCAGGGGUUGGAGCUUCAAUCCAAACAAAGGGGACUACGUCCGGGAAAAGAAAAGCCCCUCCUCAAAGGUCAGAAGUUUGGUCUCACUUCACUAAGUUUAUUAAUAGUGAGGGUGCAAGGUCAUUGAAAUUUCAUAUUGGUUCAUGUAAGAAAAAUCCUAGUAAUGUUGUUUACACUAGUCAAGGACAACUAGUUUUACCUAGAAAGGGAGUUGAAGGGGGGGAAGGGAAUCUUUCAACUUGGAGAUUUGAUCAAGAAGCAUGUAGGAAAGGAUUAGCACAAAUGAUUCUGAUUGAUGAAUUACCUUUCAAGUUUGUUGAGAGUGAAGGUUUUAAGAAAUUUAUGUUUGUGGCAUGUCCUAGGUUUCAUAUUCCUUCACGAACUACUAUGACUAGGGAUGUUUAUCAAUUGUAUUUAGAUGAAAGGGUCAAGAUAAAACAACUUUUGAGAAGUUCUUGUUCUAGAGUUUGCUUAACUACUGACACAUGGACUUCUUUGCAAAGAGUUAAUUAUUUGUGUAUCACUACUCACUUUAUUGAUAAUGAUUGGAAAUUGAAUAAAAAGAUUUUAAACUUUUGUCCAAUUUCUAGUCAUAAGGGUGAGUGCAUUGGGAUGGUAAUUGAGAAAUGCUUGUUGAAUUGGGGGAUUGAUAAGUUGUUUACUGUUACUGUUGAUAAUGCAAGUUCAAAUGAUGUUGCUAUUGGUUAUUUGAGAAAGAAAUUUAACCCUCGAGGUGGUUUAGUUCAAAAUGGUAAAUAUCUUUAUAUGAGAUGCAUGACACACAUUGUGAAUUUGAUUGUUGUUGAAGGCUUAAAGGAAAUGAAUAAAUCUGUUGAACGUGUUAGGGGGCUGUUAAAUAUGUGGAACUCGACCUACUUAAUGUUAGACACUGCUCAGAACUUUGAGAGAGCUUUUAAGAGAUUUGAGGAGCAAGAUAUAAACUUUACGGCUGAACUUGAAAGGGGAGAGGGUUGGCCUAGUGUGGAUGAUUGGGAUAAUUUUAGAAACUUGAGGGAUUUCUUGGAACACUUUUAUGAAUUAAAUAGUAAUAUCGAUUUCAAUGUUAUGGCCAUCAAGAUGAAAGAGAAGUAUGAUAAGUAUUGGGGUGAUAUUGAUAAGAUGAAUUUGCUCAUGUUUGUUGUUUGUGUUUUAGAUCCUAGACAAAAACUAAAGUAUCUUGAAUUUGCAUUUAGUGAAAUGUCUAGUUCUGAAAAAGCUUGUGAAAUGAAGCAAAAGUUGAAGGAAUCUUUGUAUGAAUUGUUUGAUGAGUAUAAGCCUCCACUUCAUAGUACUUGUAGCCAAUCGAGUGUGUCAACACAUGUUUCUAUUGGUGAACCACAAUAA